AUGAGGGGGACGGUAGUUGGUAUCCUGAUGGCCGCUUUUGUCGUUGUCGGCGUCACGGCUGUCCAAAACUCCCAAUGUUACGAAUACUUCCACAAGAAAGACGGAUGUGUCCAGGCUACGGGCAACCCUGAUCACCGAUGUGCUGAACAGGUUGCGCACGCCGUAGAAUCAGCCCGCCUACUGGCCGCACAGACUGGAAGUAGCGGGGGGCCGCGCUUGCAGCGCCGUUAUGACGGGAAGGCCAUGACCAUGGAGCAGGUCGAGAUGGUCUUUCGAUGCCCCGGAUUUGAAUCACCCAACGGGUUCGAAGUGUGCCUCUGGGCGGGAAAUAAAAAUGUGCCCGGGAAUACUGGGUGGAUUAACGAGGCCAUCAGGGAGAACUGCGGGAAACAAGUUUACAUCCAAAGAAAAGGUAUAAAGAUAGCCCGGUAUCCCAGGGUCGUAGGGGGCUGUCGUUGGGGAGACGGCGAUAUGGGACCUGAGAACGGAUGUUUCCAGAUUGCGAUGAACCAGGCCCUCUUUGACAAUUUCAACCCCUCAGAGUACGAGAAGGAAAGAAAAGAAAUUACUGAAAUGACUUGGGACUUCAACAACCUCUAUUUCAACAAACCAGAAAACGCCGCGUUCUGA